CUCAAGAUCUGGGAGGUUCCAUUGAGGAGAAGCUGGGACGAAAAGCAAAAUGGUCCGGGUCAAGAAACCACGGAGAGACUUUUCGCUUGUUAUUUCUUGCUGACCGCCCUGGGACUCCCAGCCCCAUGAAACUUGCCCUGAGCUCCCUUCUGCACUUUAGCCCCGAGCGAUGGGACGCCUUCCCUGCAGCACUCAUCACUUAUUCGUGAGGACAAGAUCCCGGGAAGAAAGAAGCAACAGCAGCAGCAGCGAGGAGACGGGCAGGGAAGCAACCUGGCCGGAACAAUGCAGCCAGUGCCCGAGCAGGAUGGCACAUUCCCUUGGAUAUAACUGAAAAAGGCAGCCCCGCUUCCCGAGGAGAUUAAGCCGUUGGGUUUCUGCCUCCCACCCACCCCUGUCUCCCCACAUGGCCAAUAUAUUCUCGUGGCGUUCUGCAUGGUCCAGAAGCCCGGUGCGAGCGCUGGGAUCCCAGUGAAAACAAGGGAGAUUUCUUGGCAGGAAUCUGGUCAUCCCGCAACGGACGGCGAGGCUGGGACACGCAGAGCAGCGCCGGAGUUUAAAUGCCAAUUUCUCUCUCCAAGGUGCUGAAACGUAGGGGGGGUUCCUGUCCAGGGUCCUGAAUUCCUCACCAGUCUAAGCUCAGCUCUUUCCUCUGGCCCACACCGCCUCUAACUACAAGGAUUGCAUUUAAAACGAGACGAAAAAAAAGAGGAAAAUUCCACCAUUUUAUUCGAGCUGGGGGUUUUUUAGUGCCAAUUUUUUUUUCUCACUCGCGGACUACAAAUUCAUCUGAUCUGAAAAAAUGUGUAACCUCAAUGCACUUGGAGUCUACCUUUGGGAGACCAUAGUAUUCUUCAGCCUCGCCGCUUCCAAAGAAACUGGAGCAGCAGCCCGAUCCGCUCCUAAACUCAUGUCCCCUUCAGAUUUCCUGGAUAAACUGAUGGGAAGGACGUCAGGAUACGAUGCCAGAAUCAGGCCCAAUUUUAAAGGUCCUCCAGUGAAUGUCACCUGCAACAUUUUCAUCAACAGCUUUGGGUCUAUUGCAGAAACUACUAUGGAUUACAGAGUGAAUAUUUUCUUGCGGCAGAAGUGGAAUGAUCCCCGGCUGGCUUAUAAUGAAUAUCCAGAUGAUGCCCUGGAUUUGGACCCAUCCAUGUUGGAUUCCAUCUGGAAACCAGAUUUGUUUUUUGCUAAUGAGAAAGGGGCCCACUUUCAUGAGAUCACCACAGACAACAAACUCCUACGUAUCUCCAAAAGUGGCAAUGUUCUAUACAGCAUCAGGAUCACCCUGACACUGGCUUGCCCCAUGGAUUUGAAGAAUUUUCCCAUGGAUGUCCAGACAUGUAUCAUGCAGUUGGAGAGCUUUGGCUACACAAUGAAUGAUCUGAUAUUUGAUUGGCAAGAGAACGGAGCCGUGCAGGUUGCUGAUGGAUUAACUUUGCCUCAGUUCCUCUUAAAGGAGGAAAAAGACUUGCGCUACUGCACUAAGCAUUACAAUACAGGCAAGUUCACCUGCAUAGAAGCCCGUUUCCAUUUGGAACGACAGAUGGGCUACUACCUGAUCCAGAUGUACAUCCCCAGCCUGCUGAUUGUAAUUCUCUCCUGGAUCUCCUUCUGGAUCAACAUGGAUGCUGCACCUGCCCGUGUUGGUCUGGGUAUCACUACUGUGCUCACUAUGACCACACAAAGCUCCGGUUCCCGAGCAUCCUUGCCCAAGGUAUCCUAUGUAAAGGCCAUUGAUAUCUGGAUGGCUGUGUGCCUGCUGUUUGUGUUCUCAGCUCUUCUGGAAUAUGCUGCGGUCAACUUUGUGUCCCGGCAGCACAAAGAGCUGCUCAGGUUCAGGAGAAGGAGGCGGCACCAUAAGAGCCCUAUGUUCAAUAUAUUUCAGGAGGAUGACACUGGAGAAGGCAGGUUCAACUUCUCCGCCUACGGGAUGGGGCCUGCCUGUCUACAAGCCAAAGAUGGCAUCUCAGUGAAAGGAGCAAACAACAACAACACGGCAAACCCAGCUCCGCCUCCAUCAAAGUCUGCCGACGAAAUGCGCAAGCUUUUUGUCCAGCGAGCCAAGAAGAUAGAUAAGGUCUCUCGUAUCGCCUUCCCCAUGGCUUUCCUCAUCUUCAACAUUUUCUACUGGAUUAUCUACAAGAUUGUCCGAAGGGAAGAUGUACACAAGCCGUGAGGGGGUCUGUAUGCGGAAGCUGAGGAAGGAUGGAUGGUUGGGAAGGCAAGCAAAACGGUUCCUCUAAUACACACCAUGUGCAAUAGCAAUGCAGUGAUGCAUGAAUUUAAGAAUGUGGCAAUAUCUAUUUUAAAAAGUGGGGCGACUUUUAAAAAAAUAUGAACUGAAGAAUACUAUAGGGGUGGGUGGGCUAUGGGAUGAAAGCUUUCAAAACUUGAGAUGGGGGAAAUUAUGAGAGGGGCAAAUUGUUUUACAGCAUAAGGAAGUUUAGGAUUGCUUCAGCAGCAGUCCAGGCAGUGUAAUAUAUUAAAUAUAUAUUCAUGCUUAAUUAUAAUGCAAAAA